CUGAUUAGAUUAUCGAUCAAUAACAUAAACAAUGGCGGAAAGUGUGUUUUAUUUCGAAAUGAAGUUAAUACUAGACACGCUCCUAAAGGCUGCCGUGGACCUGCUGGCUGUUUCAGGAGGAGAAACCGGAAACACGAAGCUGACGUCGGCCUUUGACUCCACAUCAGAGAUGUUGUCCAGGGAGACGAGCAGAAAGAUCUGCAGCGUUUUCUCGCAGAUGUCUUCCCUUCUGCUCUCUGAGAACUCCACUCUGAAGGCUCGUCUGGAGCAGCUGGAGGCCGAGCUGCAGAGCGUGACCAAAAACGCUGAGGACGCCCGGCGGUGGAGGGAGAACGUCCUGAGCGGCUGCCCCGUGCUGUUCCAGCAGAGCGGCCUGCUCUUCUCCCUGAAGCCCUUCGGGAGGCUGACGAGGAGGACGGCUGCACAACGGAGAGAUGAAGAAUCCUCAUCUGCUGCUCAGAUGGACAGGCUGGAUGAGGAGGUCCGAGAGUCGAGGGGAGACGGGACUUUGCCCCCCCCACCUGGACAAGCUGUGAAGGACUGUGACGUUCCAAACAGGACACAGGAAGUGGCGAUCGGCAGCAACAGGAAGUUGUUUGUUUGUGAUGUUUGUGGCAAAAGCUUCAGCCGUCAGCUUCAGCUGAAGAAGCACACGAACACCCACAGUGAGCGGAGGCCGUUCGCCUGCGAGCAGUGCCCCAGAAGAUUCAGGGACUCCGUGACCUUUGAGAAGCACCGGCUGCGACACCAGGAGAGGAUCCACGCCAGCUUCUGCUGUCCGCUCUGCGCCAAGACGUUCAAGAGCAGAACCGGCCUGAAGAAGCAUCAGCUGGUGCACACGGACGCGCGACCUUUCGUCUGCGCCGUCUGCCAGAAGGGCUUCAAAACCAAAUACAACCUGCGCGCUCAUGAGGCCUUGCACGCCACGAAGACCUUCCAGGACGCCGUCACCUUACAUGAGCAGCCUCACUCGUGCUCAGCGUGCGGGAAAGCGUUCACCAGGAGGAGCUCGCUCCGAGCGCACCAGGCCGUGCACAGAGGCAAGAUCUUCACAUGCGAGGUGUGCGGUAUGGGCUUCUCGCUUCAGCACAACCUCCGGAGGCACACGCGUCUUCACACGGGCGAAAAACCCUUCGCCUGCAAAGUCUGUGGGCGGAGCUUCAUGCACGACAACAAGCUGAAGGCGCACAUGCUCCUCCACGGAGAAAGGAAGGCGUUCAUGUGCGACCUCUGCGGGAAGACGUUCCUCUACAACUGUCAGCUGAAGAAGCAUCAGAGGACUCACGAGGAGAAGCAGGUCACGAAGAGGAGGAGCCAACAGAGAGGAAACCGCAGAGUCAUCUAUCGACAGGACAAAACCACCGCCGACAUGACGCCGUUCAGCUGCGCCGCCUGCCGGAAGAGCUUCGACUCCGCCGGGUCGCUGAGGAGACACCAACUCCUCCACUCCAAACAACCGCAGCACAACUGCCAGGAGUGCGGCAAGUCUUUCCGCUACAAAGCCACGUACCAGUACCACCAACGCGUCCACUCCGGAGAGCGGCCGUUCGCCUGCGACGUCUGCGGGAAAACCUUCAUCAUCCACCAGGCGCUGAAGUCCCACAGGCUGCAGCACUCCGGGGAGAAGCCGCACAAGUGCACACACUGCUACAAGACCUUCAGGAUCUACACAAACCUCCUGAGACACCUGCGCGUCCACACGGGGGAGAAGCCCUACGAGUGCCAGGUGUGCGGGUCGCGGUUCCGGCAGCUCGGACACGUCAAGUCUCACAUGCAGAUCCACACGGGGGAGAGGCCGCAUUCCUGCAGCAGCUGCAGGAGGAGCUUCUCCGACUCCAGGCUGCUGAAGAGGCACAAGUGCAGGGAAAAGACGUCUGGGAGAUCCGUCUCUCUGUCUUCAGACGUUUGAGCUCCUUAAAGUGUUUUUCUAUCGUCUGAAUUUAUACGAACUCAAACGUUUUGAAUUGACACUUUAAAAGACUACAGUCACUUGGUGACAUAAAGCUGAGUGUUAUCUGCAUAACUAUGAUGUUAAACAUUACAAGUGUGGAACAGCAGAGGUCAGAGAACCGCGCCCUGAUGUACUCCACAUGACAUGUCUGGGCACAACAGGAAUGAACAUUUACAGUCUAAUUCCACAAUGUUUUCUUCUGUAGUUACAUGUAGUAUCCUGAACUGAGGAAGAAUUUUAAGGAGCUUUACUAUUUUUACUUUGAAGUAACAACUGUGCUUAAAAGGGGGUGUGGCCUUUUGACCAAAAACUAGUGAAAUCUGAGACUCUAGGAUGAUUUUACUGAGUGUUUUCCAACAUCUGGGUUCAUCUGAUUUUUCUGUGGAGAUAAGCAGGUUAUUUGUUAGCUCUUGUUUUGUUUUUAUCAUGUUUCUUUAGUUUAUAAUAAUAAUUAAAUUAGUAAUAAAAGUUAUGACUAAAAGCUAAAA